AUGCAAGACGACCCCAAAAAUUCGAAGCUGUACGACCUGCUGAAUAGUCAUCUGGACGUGCACGGUCGAAGUGGUGAAGAGUCUAGACAAACAGGUAUGAAUAGGAGCCAAAGCGGCAGUAGCACUGGUGAGAACGAGGAGGAUGUGGCAUUUACUAGCGGGUUAAACGGCGGCACAUUCGACUCUAUGCUGGAGGCACUACCCGAUGAUUUAUAUUUCACAGACUUCGUGUCUCCAUUCACCGCAGCUGCCACUACAAGUGUGACCACUAAGACAAUCGAGGAGAAUAUACCGGUUUCCAACCAUAUGGAGGAUGAUAUUGCAAUGUUUGAUUCACUGGCCACGAGUCAGCCCAUCGACAUAGCCGCAUCCAACCAACAAAACGGUGAAAUUGCCCAACUCUGGGACUUCAAUGUGGACCAAUUCAACAUGACGCCGAGUAAUUCGAGUGGUUCCGCGACUAUUAGUGCUCCAAACAGUUUUACAUCUGAUAUACCGCAAUACAACCACGGCUCGCUCGGUAACAGUGUCCCCAAAUCUUCUUUGUUUCCAUACAAUGCUACUACAUGCAGCAGCAACAGCAACAGCAAUCACCCAACUAAUUCUAGCAGUAGUAAUCCGAACGUUAAUCCGCAUUCCCACCACUCCUUUAACAUCUACAAGUUACAAAAUAACAACUCAUCUUCAUCCGCAAUGAACGUUAUUAGUAAUAAUAGCAGCAAUAACAAUAUUCAGCAUCCUUUUUUAAAGAAGAGCGACUCAAUGGGGCUAUCUUCAUCUAACACAACGAACUCGGUAAGGAAGAACUCGCUUAUUAAGCCAAUGUCAUCCACGUCGCUAGCCAACUUUAAAAGGGCUGCCUCGGUGUCUUCUAGUAUGUCAAAUAUGGAACCAUCGGUGCAAAGUAAAAAACCUCUGAUACAAUGUUUUAACUGUAAAACCUUCAAGACACCACUUUGGAGGAGAAGCCCGGAAGGAAACACACUUUGUAAUGCGUGUGGUCUUUUCCAAAAAUUACAUGGUACCAUGAGGCCAUUAUCUUUAAAAUCAGACGUUAUCAAGAAAAGGAUUUCAAAGAAGAGAGCCAAACAGACGGACUCAAACAUUUCACAAAAUACCCCGAAUGCCCCCUCAAGCGCCUCGACAUCAGUAUCCGCUUCUAAUACCAAACCUAUACGAUCAAGGAAAAAGUCAUUGCAACAGAACUCUUUAUCUAGAGUAAUACCCGAAGAAAUCACCAGUGAUAAUAUCAAUGAUAAUAACAAUAUCCUCACCGUAAAUAGAGGAGGCUAUAAUUUCAAUUCGGUUCCUUCUCCAGUCCUCAUGAGCAACCAAUCGUAUAAUAGCACUAGCGCAAAUUUUAAUGGAGGAAGCAAUGCAAAUUUGAACUCUAAUAACUUAAUGCGUCACAAUUCGAAUACUGUUACUCCUAACUUCAGAAGGUCUUCAAGGAGAAGUAGUACUUCAUCUAACACCUCGAGCUCUAGUAAAUCUUCAUCCAGGUCAGUGGUUCCGAUUUUACCCAAGCCUUCUCCUAAUAGUGCAAAUUCACAACAGUUCAACAUGAAUAUGAACCUAAUGAACACAACAAAUAACAUAAGUGCAGGUAAUAGUGUCGCGUCUUCACCAAGAAUUAUAUCGUCGGCAAACUUCAACUCAAAUAGCCCUUUACAGCAGAACCUUAUGUCCAAUUCUUUCCAACGCCAAGGAAUGAAUAUACCAAGAAGAAAGAUGACACGUAAUGCUUCAUACUCCUCGUCAUUUAUGGCUGCAUCCUUGCAGCAAUUACACGAACAGCAACAAGUGGACGUGAAUCCUAACUCAGGUACGAAUUCAAACAGACAAAAUUGGAAUGCAAGCAGUAACGUCUCUACAAGCUCAAGGUCGUCAAAUUUUGUCACCCAAAAGUCUAAUUUUGAUAUUUUCAACACUCCUGUAGAUUCACCAAGUGUUUCAAGGCCUUCUUCAAGAAAAUCACACACUUCAUUGCUAUCACAACAAUUGCAAAACUCAGAAACUAAUUCGUUUACUUCAAAUCACAAGUAUAACCAAAGACUUACAAGUGAUUCCACUUCACCUAUCAAGUAUGAAGCAAAUGUGAGUACAGGGGGAAAAUCUAGUGAGGAUAGCUCCACAAAGGAAUCCUCUAAAGAAAGUUCAGCGAUUGCAGAUGAAUUGGAUUGGUUAAAGUUCGGUAUAUGA